AUGAUCAAGGUUCUCUCUAUUGUCAUCUGCGCUCUUGCUGGGUUCGCCGUUUCUCAAGAUCUUCCUGUGCUCACCGCACAGCGCUUGGUCAAUGAAAUUAUCAGCGAGUCCCCAUUCAUCGUCACCCGAACGGUCGAAGUGGUUUGGACCCAGAGUCCAAGCAUCAUUGUACCUGAUACAGUGACCACUACUUCGUACGCGAAAUCCAUUGGAUUCUAG